GGAGACGAGAGAGGGGUGUGAGUGAGGAAGAGAGAGAGACAUAUUUCCACCCACCCAGAGAGGAGACACGCUCUUAAACAGCCAGCAGACUGCGGCGCUGUCAGAAAGACACAGGACCCGAGGGCAGCAGCAGCAGUAGCAGCAGCAGCAGCAGCAGCAGCUCAAACUGAGAGCUUUGCAGAGAGUUUUGCAGAAUUAGAGCCUCUUUGACGCAAGAUGUUUUACUAAAGCGGAGGAAAAGUUUAAAUUUUACAUAAAUAAAGCGAAACCUUCAAGUAACUGAAGCAAGAGCAGACUAAACCCGUAAAUAUCAGAGAAAUAGAGUUGCUUUAACACACUCAUAACUGAAGCAGUUCUGGUGCAGAAAGCAGAGCCCAGCCUGAGGAGCAGGACGGACUGACCAGAAGCAGCUGUGCAGCGAGGAGGAAGAAGCAAGCAAGUGGAUGGAUGCCUUCUGCAGACUCAGCGGCCUGGACCCCCUGUGGGACUGGAAUCGAACUUGGUACACAGCCAACCCUGACCUGACCCAGUGUUUCCAGAACACGGUGCUGGUGUGGGUACCAUGCAUCUACCUGUGGCUGUUGGUGCCUUUCUACUGUCUUCACCUUUACUGUCACGACAGUGGACGGAUCCGAAUGUCCUGCCUCUGCAUGGCAAAAAUGGUGUUGGGAUUCCUUCUGGCCUCCUUUGGUUUUGUUGAAUUUUUCUACAUCCUGCUGGAGCGAAGCCAAGAUAUUGGCCAUCACAUGGUUUUCCUGCUCAGCCCCAUCAUACGCAGCAUGACUGUGAUCCUGGCCUUAUGCAUCAUCCAGUUAGAAAGAAUAAGGGGCUGCCGCUCCUCCAUCUUUCUUUUUUUGUUCUGGGUCUUGUCCGUCGUUUGUUCUCUGGUGCCUCUCCGAGCGAAGAUCCAACUAGCUGUGGAUGAGGGCAUCGCCUCAGACAUUGUUCGGUACCUCGCCUUCUUCUCCUACUUCACAAUCCAAAUGGCACAGCUGUUUCUUUGCUGCUUUGCUGACCAGCCCCCACAAGGAAAACCCAACUUGGAAAAGAAUCCUUGUCCCGUGAAAGAUGCUUCUUUCCUGUCAAAGAUCCUCUUCUGGUGGUUCACUGGGCUUGUUGUGAAAGGAUAUCGCACCCCACUGGAAGCGACGGACCUGUGGACUCUGAGGGAAGAAGACACAUCUCACAAAAUCAUCUCCGACCUGCAGCAGGAAUGGGGAGCUGAAUGUGCCAAACUCCAGAAGCAGGAGAAAUCCCUGGAGUCCGCCCCUGUGUUGGGAAGUAGACUGCCAGAUCAAGCCCAGCUCCUCAGAAAGCUGCAGAAGGAGCAGAGCUCCGGUUUCUUCCUUCUCAGGACCCUGGCACGAAAGUUUGGUCCAUACUUCCUGACUGGCACCUUGUGUAUUAUCUUCCACGAUGCCUUCAUGUUCGCCAUCCCUCAGGUGCUGAGCCUUCUUCUGGGUUUCAUAAGGGAUCCCGAAGCUCCGCAGUGGAAAGGCUACUUCUAUGCCACUCUGAUGUUCCUGCUGUCCUGCCUCCAGUCUCUUUUUAAUCAUCAGUACAUGUACACUUGCUUCACCGUCGGCAUGAGGGUGAAGACGGCUGUCAUGGGCUUGGUUUACAGAAAGUCUUUGGUGAUAAACAGCGCUGCCAGGCGGACUUGCACUGUGGGCGAGAUUGUGAAUCUGGUCUCAGCAGACACUCAGAAGCUCAUGGACUUUGUGGUGUAUUUCAACGCAGUCUGGCUGGCUCCUAUUGAGAUUGGCCUCUGCCUCUUCUUUCUCUGGCAGCAUCUUGGCCCGUCAGCUCUGGCAGGGAUUGCCACUGUCAUCCUGAUUUUUCCCCUCAACGGAUUCAUUGCAAAGAAAAGAAGCAAGCUGCAGGAGAUUCAGAUGAAGUUCAUGGAUGGCCGGGUCAGACUGAUGAACGAGAUCCUGAAUGGAAUAAAGAUCUUGAAGUUUUAUGCCUGGGAAAAGGCCUUCCUGGAGCAGGUUUUGGGCUACAGAGAAAAAGAACUCAAGGCCUUGAAGAAGUCCCAGGUCCUUUAUUCCAUCUCCAUUGCGUCCUUUAACUCCUCCUCUUUCCUGAUUGCCUUUGCCAUGUUUGGAGUCUAUGUGAUGCUGGAUGAAAGGAAUGUUCUGGAUGCACAGAAGGUUUUUGUCUCCAUGGCUCUGAUCAACAUCUUGAAGACACCACUAAGUCAGCUUCCAUUUGCAAUAAGCACCACCAUGCAGGCUCUGGUCUCACUGAGGCGACUGGGAAAAUACCUGUGCUCAGAGGAGCUGAAGGUGGACGGCGUCUCAAAGGCCUUGUCAAGCUCUGAUGGAGAAGAUGUGGUCAUAGAGAACGGUACUUUCAGUUGGUCCAAAGAAGGUCCUCCAUGUCUCAAAAGGAUCAGUGUCCGUGUCCCACGAGGUUCCCUUGUUGCUGUGGUCGGGCAUGUGGGCAGUGGAAAGUCCUCUUUGUUGUCCGCCAUGCUCGGCGAAACAGAAAAAAGAAGCGGCCAAGUCACCGUUAAGGGUUCUGUGGCUUACGUGCCCCAGCAGGCCUGGAUCCAAAAUGCCACUGUCCAAGACAAUAUAUUAUUUGGCCGUGAGAAGUUGAAAACAUGGUACCAACGUGUGCUGGAGGCCUGCGCCCUGCUGCCAGACCUCGACAUUCUACCUGCAGGGGAUGCUACAGAAAUUGGAGAGAAAGGAUUGAACCUUUCAGGUGGACAGAAGCAAAGAGUGAGUCUGGCCAGGGCGGUCUACAGAAAAGCUGACCUGUACCUCCUAGACGACCCACUGUCGGCUGUCGAUGCUCAUGUUGGUCAGCAUAUCUUCGACAAAGUCAUUGGACCAAAAGGAGUCCUUAAAGACAGGACCCGCAUCCUGGUGACCCAUGGGAUGAGCUUCUUGCCGCAGGCUGACCUCAUCCUCGUACUGAUAGAUGGAGAAAUCACAGAGAGUGGCUCCUACCAGGAGCUUCUCAGCCACCACGGGGCUUUUGCUGACUUCAUCCACACGUUUGCAAGCACAGAGAAAAAAGAAAGUGCCAUACAGAGAGCUGGUUCCAGGAGAUCCAAUGCUCGUUUGAGUAUGGUCGACUUCAUGCCAUUCUCCAGAGACCUGUCACAAGAGCAACUCAUUGGAGGAGACACCACAAAUACAAACCUGCAAAACAUGGAGCCUGUAUCAGAAAACGACCAGGAUCAGGUACCCGAGGACUUGGGGAAACUGACUGAGGCUGACAAAGCUCACACCGGACGAGUGAAACUGGAUAUGUAUAAGAAGUACUUCAAGACCAUUGGCUUGGCAAUCAUCAUUCCCAUCGUCUUCCUGUAUGCCUUCCAGCAGGGGGCCUCUCUGGCCUACAGCUAUUGGCUCAGCAUGUGGGCUGAUGAUCCAGUUGUUAACGGCACCCAGACAGACAGAGAUCUAAAACUUGCUGUUUUUGGAGCUCUUGGUUUUGUACAAGGUAUUGCUAUCUUCGGCACGACUGUUGCCAUUUCCAUCUGCGGCAUCAUCGCAUCUCGCCAGUUGCAUAUGGACCUGCUUGUCAAUGUUCUGCGCUCCCCAAUGGCUUUUUUUGAGUCCACACCCAGCGGCAACCUCUUGAACCGCUUCGUCAAGGAGAUUGAUGCCAUCGACUGCAUGGUACCUGAAGGCUUGAAGAUGAUGCUAAGCUAUGUCUUUAAACUUGUGGAGGUGUGCAUCAUCGUGUUGAUAGCAACCCCCAUUGCAGCUGUGAUCAUCCUCCCCUUGGCUUUCCUCUAUGCCUUUGUUCAGAGCUUCUAUGUUGCCACAUCCUGUCAGCUGCGCAGGCUGGAGGCUGUGAGCCGCUCGCCCAUCUACACCCACUUCAAUGAGACGGUACAGGGUGCCAGUGUGAUCCGGGCCUUUGGUGAGCAGUCCAGGUUCAUCAUGCAGGCUAACGAAAGGGUCGACUUCAAUCAGACAUCCUACUUUCCUCGAUUUGUUGCCACCCGAUGGUUGGCAGUCAAUCUGGAGUUUGUUGGUAACGGUGUGGUCUUGGCUGCUGCCGUUCUCUCUGUGAUUGGGAAAAGCACAGUGAGCCCAGGCAUCGUGGGAUUGGCUGUGUCGCACUCCCUCCAGGUGACUGGAAUCCUGAGCUGGAUUGUGCGGUCCUGGACUGAUGUGGAAAAUAACAUUGUGUCUGUGGAGAGGGUGAACGAGUACGCUGAUACUCCGAAAGAGGCCAGCUGGAACACCGAGGGCAGCGCCUUGCCUCUGGCCUGGCCCCAGAGCGGAACCAUAGAGUUCCAGGACUACGGGCUGCAGUACCGAAAAGGCCUGGAGCUGGCUUUGAAAGGGAUUACGCUGCAGAUUCAAAAAAGAGAGAAGAUUGGAAUUGUUGGCAGAACUGGAGCUGGGAAGUCUUCACUUGCUUUGGGAAUCUUCAGAAUCCUCGAGGCAGCAAAGGGAAGGAUCUUCAUAGAUGGAGUCAACAUUGCUGAGAUCGGACUCCACGAUCUCAGAUCUCGCAUCACAAUCAUUCCGCAGGACCCUGUGCUGUUCUCAGGUUCUCUCAGGAUGAACCUGGACCCCUUUGAUAUAUACACAGAUGAAGAAAUUUGGAGUUCGCUGGAGCUCGCUCACCUCAAAGACUUUGUGUCUAACCUCCCCGACAAACUCAACCACGAGUGCUCAGAAGGAGGAGAAAACCUCAGUCUGGGUCAACGUCAGCUGGUGUGCCUAGCGAGGGCUUUACUCAGGAAAACCAAGAUCCUGGUUCUGGAUGAAGCAACAGCAGCUGUGGAUCUGGAGACAGACACUCUCAUCCAGUCAACCAUCCGCACCCAGUUUGAGGACUGCACAGUCCUGACGAUCGCUCAUCGGCUUAACACCAUUAUGGACUACACAAGGGUCAUUGUUAUGGACAGGGGCUACAUUUCUGAGAUGGACUCUCCGGCCAACCUGAUCUCGCAGCGGGGACAGUUUUACAGGAUGUGCCGGGAAGCUGGGCUGGUCUAGCAUUCUCCCUCUUGGGCCUCAGACUAGAAAACUAAGGCCUGGUUUACAUUUGUAGUCAAUUUGUGUUCCUCCUAAACACAAGUUGAACUGGGCCUUUCCAAGCUUUGUGGCAGCUCUUACUCAUCUCGGCGAGGACAUUGUCCUUUCAUCUCAAAAGCAGCUGCUGCAACAGUCUCCACUGUUUUGUUAAACCUUCUCCAAAGCUGGGGAGAGACUCGUAUUAACCUCCGAUGAAGAACACUCAGCUAUAAAUAUUACAUUUAAAGUGAUGAACCAGUUUAGCCUUAAAGCCAAAGUCUGGAACGAGAAGGUACUACAAAUCUUGAUGAUUUUCCUCUUAAGAAUGGAAGCUAUGAUAUUUUUUUCGUUUUUUAAGUGUUUUAUAAAGCACAUGAUGUGUUUUCGAUGUUUCCUCAGGCUUAGACUUUGAUGUUUACUCUCAUUUUGAAACCUACACCAAAAGAUGGGGCACUUUCGUAUUUUUUGCAAACUGACAGACGUUUAUAUCUAUUUUAUGUUAUUUUCCCAAAAAUUGGGAUAGGAAAAUGUUCCGACACAGUAACCUUCAAAAGGUCCAUGCUGGCAAAAGAAGGCGAAGUGGGGGUUUUGCAACCUUCCAAAUCUGAGCUUGAGGCCAUUUUUAAGUCAGGUAAAAAAGAGCGAGAGUGAAGGGAAAACACUGAAGUGGGCCAAGGCUUAAGCAAUCGUCCAACUAUGCUGUGGUUGUUGUUUAUUUCUGUCUAAGUAAACACAUAAAAAAGCCAACAGAGAGCUCACUGGUUAGCUUCAACCUGACACCGGUUGUAAAAACCGCCUUGAAUGAAGAGAAUGCCUCUUGACACAAUGGUGAUAAAUCUCCAUGGGACUGUCUCUGCGUGCCGCACUCCAACUCCGGCCAUACACAGAGAGGAGGAAAUCAGUAUUGUUCUUAAGGUGCUGACAUGACAGACUGUAGACACUUCAUAUGAAGCUUUGCUCUUGAGUCAUAAAGCAGCCCACCGAACUUUUCAGAGAGAAGAGGCCUUGUGUGUUUUUGUCUUACUGGUUUAGACAAUAUAUUGUGAGAAAACCUAAGUGUUAAUUUAUGUCAAAUGACAAAAUGCAUUAAGUGUCCUCAAAAUAAAGAGGACUGUUUUGUAUUUAUACUUUUGUAACAAGCUUGAUCAUUUUCAUUGAUCUUUUAGUAUUGUGUACUGUAAUAUCUUGUGUCAUACAUUAUGCUGGAUAAUAAAGGUUUUAUGUGCCAAAAUUCAGAU